AUAGGAAACUUGGAACGGAAAAAAUAGUAAACAAAAUCGUUCAACACACGCUAUGCAAAAGGAAGGCAGGAGGUGUCUUAUAAACACAGCUAGCACACAACAAACCAAAGUAAACCAAACAAGAAUGGCAGAAUUAGCAGAGACCACAGUGAUGCCUAAGGUCAUUACUUUCCUCUCUUCUCUUCUUCAAAGGGUAGCAGAGUCUAAUGAUCUUAGCCAACAAUUAUACCCCCAGAAAGUCUCGAUCUUUCAUGGCCUUUCUAGACCUCCUAUAUCCAUUCAAAACUAUCUUGAAAGAAUCUUCAAGUAUGCAAAUUGUAGUCCCUCUUGUUUUGUUGUUGCUUAUGUGUAUCUUGAUCGGUUUGCUCAGAGACAAUCCUGUUUUCCUAUCAAUUCAUUCAAUGUGCAUAGACUGCUUAUCACAAGUGUCUUGAUCUCUGUCAAGUUCAUGGAUGAUAUAUAUUACAAUAAUGCCUUCUAUGCUAAAGUUGGAGGAAUCAGCACCGCAGAGAUGAAUCUUCUUGAAGUGGAUUUUUUAUUUGGUUUAGGCUUCCAAUUGAAUGUGACACCCACCAUGUUCCACGCUUACUGCUCCUACCUUCAAAGAGAGAUGUUGAUUCAAUCUCCUCUACCGAUUGUAGACCUUCCUCUAAAUAUGGCUAGACUACAAAAAACCCAUUGCUGUUUCAACGAAGAUGAAUCCACUCAUCAGAAACAGCUUGCUGUUUAGGUCAUUUCUUAGAAUGGUUAGGAAAGCUGGACCUAAUGAUUUUGUGUAUUAGCUGGGGAAAAAAAAAGGAGUAGACUUUUAGUGCCAGUCAUGUAGGGUCAUGCACAUGAUAUUUUCCCUUAGCAUUAUGGUUUGAAAUGGAGUCAAAACUCUCAUUUGGCUUCCCAUGAUUUGUGGCAUUGAACACAUUUUCAAGCUUUUCUCCUUUUCUUUCUGGUUGAA